UUACUAAAUGACGUCAUCCAUCCCAGUGCUUGACAGGUCGCAGUUACUGUAACUGCUCUCCGAGGGAGAAACAGGGACCGGUUAAGCAUUUAUUCACAUCCUGCUGGGGUUCAGGUUGUAGUUUGCGUUUACAGAACGAGCUAUUAAUGCUUAAAAAAACUUGCUUCUUUAAAAACAAGACAAGUGUUUCAUAUUAUCCCAGAUUUAGCUAACCAGCUAGCUAAUGUUAGCUGUUUCCUGGUUGGAGUUGAAGCCAUUUUGGAUUUUUACAAAGAAACAACGAGUCGGCCUUGGUUUUGGGAGCAGUGCAAACCAGACACCGCUCUCCUUUCCAGAAGUAGCCAACGCAGUUUGUUAGCAGGGUAAAAAUAGUCAUCUCACAAGAGGGAAUACAGUAUACAACGAGUCAACAAUGAAUCCAGAAUAUGACUAUUUAUUCAAGCUGCUUCUGAUUGGAGACUCUGGUGUUGGAAAGUCUUGCCUUCUUCUAAGAUUUGCAGACGACACUUACACAGAAAGUUACAUUAGCACUAUUGGUGUGGACUUCAAAAUACGAACCAUAGAACUUGAUGGAAAGACCAUUAAACUUCAGAUUUGGGAUACAGCGGGUCAAGAGAGGUUUCGUACAAUAACAUCCAGCUACUACAGAGGUGCUCAUGGUAUCAUAGUAGUGUACGAUGUUACAGACCAGGAGUCCUUCAAUAAUGUCAAACAGUGGCUACAGGAGAUUGACCGCUAUGCUAGUGAAAAUGUCAACAAGCUAUUGGUUGGGAACAAGUGUGACCUGACAACGAAGAAGGUGGUAGAUUACACAACAGCAAAGGAGUUUGCAGACUCUUUGGGAAUCCCAUUCUUGGAAACCAGUGCUAAGAACGCCACCAACGUGGAGCAGGCCUUCAUGACCAUGGCUGCAGAAAUUAAGAAGAGAAUGGGCCCCGGGGCCACAGCUGGCGGAGGCGAGAAGCCCAACGUGAAGCUGACCCCUGGCACCACUGUCAAGCCUUCAUCAGGAGGAUGCUGCUGAGAGAAACAACUUUGUCACCCCCACCCUCCUUUUAACUCCACUGUGUCCCUACAGAGCCCACAGAAAGGACAGGAAGACAUGAGUCACAACAUGUGUAUGUGAAAACAAGAUGAAGUUGCCUGUAAUUUGUACUGUACAUAAUGUAGCCGCACUACCAAAAACAAAGCAUCCUUCUUGUCAUACUAGCCUGCUACUGAUGACAAAUUCUACAAAGAGGUGAUUGUCCAAUCUGGCCCUGAUUACCAGUCCCCCCCUCAUUAACCCUCAUACCUCUGCUCUUUUAUUUGACCCUCUGAGUGCAGGUUCAUGAGAGUGUUGUGUGAAUGUGUCUGUCUCUGCAUUCCUACUGCGAGGUUGGUGAGAAAUCACUUUAAUUUGGGUUUUUGUAUUUUUUUUCUCUUUUUAAGGAUUAUUUUUUGUUUUUAGUUUUUUUUUAUUGGCAUGUGUCAUUGUAUCCCAUUUAAAUUUUUUUGUUUUCUCAUCAGCCUCUGCGCUGCAGUAUCUCACUGUCCAGCAUCACAAGUCUAGUGCAACAGUAUAUGUACAUAAACAUUAUGUAUAUAUAUAUAUGUAAAAUCUUUGCCAGUUCUUUAGUGCUUAAUAUGGUAUUGGGAAAGUCUUGAUACUUGAUCUCUGCAUCAAAUUUGUGGCUGAAGAUAAUUGUACGUUUGUUGCUCAACAUGUAACUUUUAAAUUGAAAAUAAAUAUUGUACCACCAGACUGUAUGAAAUGAGAUGACCUGUUAGUAAUUCUUGGAAAAAUGUGUGGAAAACAUAUUUUAUUUAUGUACAUUCAUUAGGCAACUCUUCUGCCAGUUACAUAGGGUGUGUUUGCAAAGUGAUGUGUGAUCUCAGUACAGAAAUGCAUAAAAUACAAUGUUAUAUUGUUUUAAUAAUAAAGGCAACUGAAUUCAGUUUAAAAGGAA